UGGCUGCUGGGUGCGCGCCUCCCGCCUUCCCGCGCCGCCUCCCGCCCCUCCCCCUUCCGUCCCCGCCCCCUCGGCCGCUCCGCUCCCUGGCGUGACUCGGCACUGUGAUCCCCGGGAACAGGCGCCGCGGUCGCCGCGUCUCCGGCCCAGGCCUCGGCCUUCCCGAGCCUCUCCCUUUCCUCUUCCGAGCUUUCUUCCCCUUCAGUUUCGAAGCCGAGGCGCCGCGGCCGCCCUGCCGGGCUCUCUGUGAGGAUGGUGGGAGUGAAGCCGGUCGGAAGCGACCCGGAUUUCCAGCCGGAGCUGAGCGGCGCGGGCUCCAGACUCGCGGUGGUCAAGUUCACCAUGAGAGGGUGUGGACCAUGUUUGAGGAUUGCCCCAGCAUUCAGUUCCAUGAGCAAUAAGUAUCCACAGGCUGUUUUCUUGGAAGUAGAUGUACAUCAGUGUCAGGGAACAGCUGCCACCAACAAUAUAUCAGCAACACCUACAUUUUUAUUUUUUCGAAACAAAGUGAGAAUUGAUCAGUAUCAAGGAGCAGAUGCUGUGGGAUUAGAAGAAAAAAUCAAGCAGCACUUAGAAAAUGACCCUGGGAGCAAUGAGGAUGCAGAUAUUCCAAAAGGCUAUAUGGAUUUAAUGCCUUUUAUCAACAAAGCUGGUUGUGAAUGUCUUAAUGAAAGUGAUGAGCAUGGAUUUGACAACUGUUUACGAAAAGACAUGACUUUCUUAGAAUCUGACUGUGAUGAACAGCUACUUAUCACUGUGGCAUUCAAUCAACCUGUUAAGCUUUAUUCCAUGAAAUUUCAAGGGCCAGAUAAUGGUCAGGGGCCUAAAUAUGUAAAAAUUUUUAUCAACUUACCACGAUCUAUGGAUUUUGAAGAGGCAGAAAGAAGUGAACCAACUCAAGCUUUGGAACUGACAGAAGAUGAUAUUAAAGAAGAUGGCAUUGUUCCACUCCGUUACGUUAAGUUUCAGAAUGUUAACAGUGUAACUAUAUUUGUUCAAUCUAAUCAAGGUGAAGAAGAAACAACAAGAAUUUCGUAUUUUACUUUUAUUGGUACUCCAGUCCAAGCAACUAAUAUGAAUGACUUCAAACGAGUAGUUGGCAAAAAAGGGGAAAGCCACUAAGGUACAAAAGACACUGGAAGAUCUGUUGCAGUCAAGAUUUGCAGCUCCUGGAUAAUUGCUUGAUUCUCUCCAGAAAUUGUCAAUGUUUCGUUCAUUGCCAUUACCAAUAAAUCAUUGCUUUUGUUCAGAUGCUAUCACUAGUGUUUCUAUUGUAAUCUUGAUACAUGCAGUUGUAAAUAAAAGUCACUACUUUUGCCAAGCU